AUGACAGUUUAUCAUCCGGAGCAGUCCUCAAUUGUUAACGCUUAUGUCCUACUAUAUCUUGGUGACUCUGUUACCACUGAUCAUAUUUCUCCGGCAGGAUCUAUUUCAAAGAUUUCGCCAGCUGCACGGUUUCUUGAAGAGAAAGGUUGUUCAUCGAAGGACUUCAACACAUAUGGAGCGCGCAGAGGAAACGAUGAGGGUGUUGGGAUUUGUAAACGAAUGGAUACGGUGGGAAUGGGCAGUCUCAGCAACCUUUUGAUCGUACGCCCGCUCGCAGACGCGGCGCGUAUCCCUCGAAGACGAGGUAUCCGCGAUAACUGGGCGACAACCGCUGACUCGCGUGAAGCGCAACGCACCCAUAACGUUGCGGCUGCUGCUAGACCAGCUAAGGGUCGCAAUGACCGUCUGGAAGGUCCAGACUUAGGAAGGAGUCUGGCGUAA